AUGUAUGAUCUGGGCACGAUUAUAUUGAAAUAUUCUCCCAUCCUGUAUCGUCGUAUGAAUAAUAUCAAGACACAUGUUAUAUUGGCGGCUAUAAUGGCCCUUAUGUCGAUGGCAGCGGCGGGAGGUGGAGGCCGAUAUGGGGGCGGUGGUGGAGGAGGUGGUGGUGGAGGUGGUAGUGGAGGCCAUGGAGGCGGCGGAUUCGGAGGAGGUGGAUUUGGCGGUAGUAGCGGCGGAGGCGGUGGCGGUGGAUACGGCGGAGGCAACAGAGGAGGAAGCGGCAGUGGAAGCUUCUCGAGUGGAAGCGGCGGCGGCGGCCGCGGCUACGGAGGUGGAAGCGGAGGAGGUUUUAGUGGAGGAAGUGGAGGUGGUUUCGGGGGUAGUCAUGGAGGUGGAAGCGGAGGUGGAUUUGGAGGCGGAAGCGGAGGCAGCAGCGGAUAUGGAGGAUAA